CCAAUCCUAUUUCGGUUUCGCUAGUCGCGAGCUAAUUCAUUUUUCAUUCAUCAAAAUUGCCAAUUUGGUCACUUACUUCGACCAAAAUUGUGAAAACAAUGACUUUAUACCAUUUCGGCAAUUGUGUAGCUCUAGUGUAUGUCCCAUAUUACAUGACAUACAAGUACUCUGGUCUUUCAGAGUAUGGAGCAUUCUGGAAAUGCAUUCAAGCUGGCGGAAUUUACAUUUUUACUCAACUGUGCAAAAUGUUGGUACUGGCGACUUUCUUUCCGGAUACGGACAGUUUUACGGGAGAGGACCAGUUUAGUGUAAUUGCGGAGUUUCUCCGUUGCAGUGUUGAUCUAGUGGAUUUGCUUGGAUUGGCGUUUGUACUAUCCAAAAUACCAGGAAAAGGGCAUAGCAAACUCAUCACUGCCGGGCUGGGAUGGGCAACAGCUGAAGUUAUUUUGUCACGUGGUUUAAUGCUCUGGGUCGGCGCUCGUGGAGCCGAGUUCUCAUGGGUUUACAUUCAACGGUGUUUGGAGUCCAAUAUCCUUUUGGUGCAACAUUUGACCACCGCUACACUGCUGUGGCUAUUUUCACGUCACGAUCUCGAGAAAAAGUACUUCCCGGUGGUGAUAAUGCUACUGGUGGCGAUAUCUUUCCGCGGAGUUUGGUUGGAAGGAACCUUGCAAGCCCUGUCAGCAGGAGCGUGGUUCGGACUAGCCCUGAAAGCGCUACUUACGGCAAGCUUUGGGUUUGUGACUCUCCAUAUCUACUCUGGGUUGGCUCAGUCGAUUGGACUGUGAGUAGGUAACUGCUAUUAUAAAAACUGGCUAAAGUAGUGGUGUGCUUUAAACUGUUUAUUUAUUGAUUAUAAUACAUGAUUUUUAACGAAAUCUUGUUUAAAUAUAACAUGUGAAA